GACUCACAGAGGAAGGAGCAGGACUAACGUCCACAGCGGAUCACCACCGUUCGUACAAAGCUCUAAGGAGCUCAUCUCCACCAGUAAAGCUGUAUAAGCACCGGGUUGACGGGACGGAAGGAAGCGGCUCGUCGUACGGGGAGCUGCCUUCUGACAUCGCCAUGAGCUACAAACCCAUAGCUCCCGCGCCAUCCGGCUCCAACCACACUCCCCCAGGCUCGUCCGUGCCCUCUCCCUCUCUCCCCUCAUCAUCCAGCUUUAGGCCGGCGUUCAGUGACUUCGGCCCACCCUCCAUGGGCUUUGUGCAGCCUGUCAAAGUGUCACAAGGGUCCACUUACAGCGAGCUCCUAUCUGUCAUCGAGGAGAUGAGCCGUGAGAUCAGGCCUACGUACGCUGGGAGCAAGAGCGCUAUGGAGAGGCUAAAGAGAGGGAUAAUCCACGCCCGUGCACUUGUCAGGGAGUGUCUGGCAGAGACGGAAAGAAGCGCCCGCACAUAACCCUUUGGAAAAGCUCCCUGCACCCUUCCCCUGUAAAAUCCCUCCCUCGUCAUUGUCUGAUUUACCGCCUUUUUCUUUAUCCUUCCAUGUUUUGGCUUUUUAUAGGUGCAGAAAAUCCUUAUUGUCUUCACUGAUCCCUGAAUCCGGUUCUGUUUUUCUGUGACCUGUGAGGUGUAUGCAACACGCAGUUUUGUAUCUACUUUGAAAUAAGUGUGUGGGGAAUUUAAACACAUUUUUAAGUAGACACUGGGAAAACACAUUUUUAAGUAGAGUCGUGGGAAAAAGCUUGGAUGGGAAUGUUUAUAGUAUUUGUUCAAUAAUUGCAGUUGACCAAGAAGACUGACUUUUCUUAAAAUGUUCACCAUUUAAGAGAAGCAAAGUUUAAACUGCACAUGUCCUCAAGUUUCUAAUCCGAACGCCACUCUGAAACCACUUCAUGUUUUCUGAUUUCCUUUGUUUUCACCAUAUUAUGUAGUGUAAACACACAGUAGUUGUUUCGCAGACCCAAUACCUCUGUACAUCUCAAGUCAAUUUGUUAGUACGGAAAUUUUGUAAACCAGAUUUUUGCAGUUCAUUAUGUAUAUCUUAAUUAAAUAACAUGAAAAAA